CCUUCUUCUUUCUUUGCGUUUUUUUUUUUUCCGAUUCUUCAUCGGUUCAAUGGAUCCUCUUUGACUUCGAUUUUGAAUCCAAGUUUCGUUAUCUCUCUAUUGGUCUCGCUAAUUUCACUCUUUGUUUAAGAUCUUCCCCAAUCUAGGUGGUAGAAUGAUGAAAUGAGAACCGAUAGAUAAGAGUUUAAAGAGCAGCAAAAUUUGUAUUAUGUCUGCAAUGUCGACGACGUCUUUGCAAACGAUUGGUGCUAUUAAGUCUUAUCAUCAUCAAGCUCAGCAUUUGGUUAAGAACUAUCUCUUAGCUGAUCCUUUUAUUCCUUACACUUCUGUCCUCACCGGCAUUUUCCUUUGCAAAGUGGUUUAUGAUCUUUGUCACUUUAUCAGCAACUCACAUUCUAAGACUUAUAUCAUCCUCACUAAAAUUCAAAGAAUCGAAUGGAAUAACCGUGGUAUCUCAACAGUUCACGCUAUUUUUAUCUCGGCUUUGUCCCUGUACUUUGUAUUCUGGUCAGACCUCUUUUCCGAUAGGUGGCAUAAUGACCUUGUUGUUUUCCGGAGCUCACGGCUUUCUUCUCUUGGUUUAGGGAUAUCUAUUGGUUAUUUCCUUGCGGAUCUUGGGAUGAUCUUCUGGAAAUAUCCUUCUUUGGGCGGAAUUGAGUAUAUUGUGCAUCACUCGCUAUCAGGAGUGGCAGUCGCCUACUCUUUGUUUUCUGGGGAAGGACAGUUAUAUACCUACAUGGUCCUCAUCUCCGAGAUAACAACCCCAGAGAUCAACUUGAGAUGGUACCUGGACACGGCUGGUAUGAAGAAGUCAUUGGCAUACGUUGUUAAUGGCGUUUUCAUCUUCUUGGCUUGGCUGGUUGCUAGAAUUCUACUGUUCAUAUACAUGUUUUAUCAUGUUUAUCUCCACUACAAUCAGGUCAUGAGGAUGCACAUCUUCGGUUACGUUCUGGUAUUCGGCGUACCAGCUGCGCUCGGUGUCAUGAACUUGAUAUGGUUUGGCAAGAUUGUGAGAGGGGUGAAGAAAACAUUAGCAAAGAGAUGUGAAUGUUGAGAUUGGUGAGUCUUCCUCACUUGUGUUUCAUCAGUUCAUCUUCUUCUUCUUCAUCCCUCUGACAUAUAUCUGUCUCUCUAGUGUAAGUAGUUUUUGUCUGAUGGAGAAAGAAAAACAAAAAAAGCAA